ACAGGAAGCAGCCACUCAUAAACAAAACAAAAUGGUUUCCGUGUUUCUGGCGACACGCAGGCCGCAGCUGGCGCCACCAGGCGGCGGGAGGCAGGUCUUACCGGAAGCCUCCUCACCUGACGCUGCGGUGUAGCUAACUGAUGUAAGCGGACAGGUUAGCUCCGGAGCGUUUACCUGCAGCCGGUGUGUCGCGUGUUGAAGCAGCAGUCAGCGGUGAUGGAGCCGUCACAGGUCAUCUACAAAUGGAGAUGCACUGAAAAAGACUACAACUCUGCCUAGAAGUGGACGACCUUCUGAAAUAUCGACAAGAGACACAAGAACAUUGGUAAUGGUGUUGGUGAAAAAAGCACAGAAAUGAUCUCAUCAACAGUCUGACCCGAAGAGAAACAACGACACACACCACAGCCCAGGGCUGCCGAUGGAGAAUGGAGACCUGGGUCACAUGAUGGGAGAGCCGGUGACUCUGAAUGUGGGCGGCUAUGUGUACAGCACGUCUCUGUCCACGCUGCAGCGCUACCCAGACUCCCUGCUGGGAGCCAUGUUCGGAGGAGACCUCCCCACUGUCAAGGACACACAUGGAAACUACUUCAUCGACCGUGACGGCCCGCUGUUUCGCUACAUCCUCAACUUCCUACGGACGUCAGAGCUGACGCUGCCGUGCGACUUCAAGGAGACCGAGCUGCUAAGGAAGGAGGCUGACUUCUAUCAGAUCGAGCCCCUGAUCCAGUGCCUUGGAGACCCCAAACCUAUGCUGCCCUACCCCACUGACACCUACGAGGAGGUGGUGGAGCUGUCCAGCACCAGGAAGCUGUCCAAGUACUCCAACCCUGUUGCCGUCAUCAUCACCCAGCUCACCAUCACCACCAAGGUCCAUGGAGUGUUGGAGUCCAUCUCCAGCAGUUUCACAAAGUGGAACAAACACAUGAUGGACACCAGAGAUUACCAGGUGUCCUUCACCUUCGGACCAUGUGACCAUCAACAGGAAGUCAGCCUGCGUGUCCACCUGCUCGACUUCAUCUCCAAAGCAGGUUUCACAAUACGCAACACGCGUGUUCACCACAUGAGCGAACGGGCCAAUGAGAACACGGUGGAGCAUCACUGGACAUUCUGCAGACGAACUCACAGAGUUAAUGACUGACAAACGAACUCAUGAAUGGACUUACUGACACAAAGAAGAUGUGAUCAGGGUGGUGGCAGCAGACAGGCGGAGACUUAUUGGUGUUAUAUGUUUUGUAUGAUGUGUUAUGCAUGAAUCAUUCCCUCUCCCUCAGCUAGCAUGUUGGCUACAUGUGGUACAUUAUCAUACACCUUUGCUUUAUCAUAUACAUGUACAAUAGUACGGUAUAUAGACAGUCCUCCAGUGACUGUAGUCAAUAGUGGGCUUCCAUCUUUGGUCAACAGUUUGUGUUGGGCCCUUUACUGUUUCAACACGACAACACCGCCGUGCACAAAACCAGAAAGAAAUGUUUUUUCCAGGUUUGGUGUGGAAGAACUCGACUGGCCUGCACAGAACUUGAACUCGAUCCAACACCUUUGGCGUGAACUGGAAUGAUGGCUGUGAGCCAGUCCUUCACCCAACAUCAGCUUUGGAUCUCACUGAUGCUCUUGUGGCUGAAUGGGAGAAAAUCCCUGCAGCCAGUUCAACAUCUGGUAGAAAGACUGAACUCAGAAGAGUGGAGGCUGUCAGAGCAGGACAUUAAUGAUCAUGGUUUUGUAUCACAUGUUCAAGUAUCCAGAUUCUUUACAGUAGUUUUGUAUCUGGCAUAUCAGCAGUAUCACAAAUCUGUUGUAUGUCAAUGACUAGUAGCAAAAAAAUAAUUGCAAAUAAAACACACUGCUCAACUCUU